UAACCGAGACUCCAAUCAAAUCGAGAUUUACAGUCUUAGACUGAGAUCCAGAUUUAGACUCUUGACCCAAAACAUAGACAAUAUUGAAGAAGGAAAAAGACAAAUUAAAUGUUGAAAAUUACUGAAAGGGAAAGUGAAAACUGAAAAGUGAGAAAUACUUGUAUUUGUAUGAUCGUAUUGGGUAAUGGGUUCCAGUUCCACCGACCCUAGCGUGAGGAGAUUCAAGUGUGAACUUUGGAAAAAGAAAGAGUGAGAAGUAGUACGAGUAAGGGAUUGAGAGCGGCUGAGAUCUGAGUGUAUAGGAGUAUACUCUAUUCUGUAACUGUAGAAAGUAGUAGUAGCUAGACAUCAACUGCAGUCUGCAACACCGGAAGGAGAAAAAGAUGACGGGAUCAGGAUCUGGAUCUGGAUCUGGAUCUCCUACCAAAUCUAUGAUAUCAAGAAGAACUUCUACUUCUGCUUCAACAGGUUGGGUUAGAUGUUGUUUAAUAAGUUUUGCUGUCAUCUCCGCUCUUUGCGUUUCUGCUCCUGCCCUUUACUGGAGAUUUCAACAUUCUACUACUACUGCUUCUUCAUCUCUUACUAAUAAUGCUCAUUCAUGUCCUCCUUGUUCCUGUCAUUGCCCUUCUCCUCCUUCUCUCCUUCAGAUCGCUCCUGGGUUGGCUAAUCUUUCUGUUCCAGAUUGUAAUAGCAGUGAUCCAGAUCUCAAAAAAGAAAUGGCAAAGCAAUUUGUGGAUCUUUUAACGGAAGAGUUGAAGCUACAGGAAGGGGUAGCGGCCGAGCACGCACUGCAUAUGAAUGCCACUUUAACAGAAGCCAGACGAGUAGCUUCUCAGUACCAAAGGGAGGCUGAUAAAUGCAUUGCAGCUACAGAAACCUGUGAGGGAGCUAGAGAGCAUUCUGAGGCUUUGUUGAGGAAGGAGAUGAAGUUGACUUCAUUAUGGGAGCGAAGAGCUCGCAAAAUGGGCUGGGAAGGUGAAUAGUACUUCAAGUGUUCAACUUGAAUACCACUGUCUUCUUUUUCAGUAGAAACACUGCUUGUGGUUCACAUACUUAUAGUCCUUUGUCCUAGCCGCUAGUUGUGAUCGAAGCGUCUGUUACUUUGUUAGUUAAUGGAUUAUAAGAUACACAAUCUAUUUCCCAGUAAUUUAUUGCUUGUAAGUGUAAAUUUAAUAUUGAUGAAAUAGCAAACUUUCUUUUUUCUGUGAUUCA